UGGGAACACAGGGAAGGUCUUGACUGAACAGUGGAAGCUCUGUCUACAGCUGGGGUGGCUCUGGAGGCCAGUGAUUUCCGGUUACUCUGCCACUUCUCCGUGCUUCGGUCGGGGCCAGUCUAGACUCUAACAGUUCCUAACUGUCUGUUGCUCUCCUUGUUCUUUCUCACUGUCUCUCCCCCGCGUUGCCCUGGGUGUCCCUUCUCUUUGCCCUAUUAUAGUCCUCUAAGUCACUAUCCCUGUCCAGUGACCCCAGCAAUCCACCUCUGUCUCCUGGGCCUCAGAACUUCACGCUCUGCCCAUCUGCCCUGCAGGAUGCUACAGCUGAGCCUGCCCUGGCUGGGUCUGGGGCCCGUGGCUGCCUCCUCAUGGCAGCUUUUGUUGCUAAGUGGGGCCUCCUUGUUCCUGGCCCGAAUUCUGGCCUGGAUCUACUCCUUCUACGACAACUGCUGCCGCCUUCGUUGCUUCCCUCAGCCCCCUUCACCGCACUGGUUUUGGGGUCACAUGGGCAUGAUCCAGAACAAUGAGGAAGGCCUGCAGCUGCUGACUGAAAUGGGCCACCACUUCCAUGAUGUCUACCUCUGUUGGUUUGGGACUUUCUACCCGAUCCUGACACUCACCCACCCCAAGUUCAUUGCCCCUGUGCUCCAGGCCCCAGCGGCGGUGGCCCCUAAGGAAAUGACUUUCUAUGGUUUCCUGAAGCCCUGGCUGGGGGAUGGGCUGUUGGUGAGCGCUGGUGACAAGUGGAGCCGCCAUCGCCGUCUGCUGACGCCCACCUUCCACUUUGACACCCUGAAGCCCUAUGUGAAGAUUUUUAACAAGAGCGUGAACAUCAUGCAUGCCAAGUGGCGGCGCCUGACCGCCAAGGGCAGCGCCCAUCUGGACAUGUUUGAGCACAUCAGCCUCAUGACGUUGGACAGUCUGCAGAAAUGUGUCUUCAGCUUUGACAGCAACUGUCAGGAGUCUCCCAGCGAAUACAUUGCUGCCAUUUUGGAGCUCAGCUCCCUCAUAGUAAAACGGCACCAUCGGCUAAUCCUGUAUAUGGACUUCCUGUACUACCUCACUCCUGAUGGGAGGCGCUUCCGCAAGGCCUGUGACAUGGUGCACAACUUCACAGAUGCUGUCAUUCAGGAGAGGCGUAGUAACCUUGCUAGCCAGGGUGUUGAUGACUUCCUCAAGGCCAAGACGAGGUCUAAGACUUUAGACUUCAUCGAUGUGCUCUUGCUGGCCAAGGAUGAACAUGGAAAGGAGCUGUGUGAUGAGGACAUCCGGGCAGAGGCUGACACCUUCAUGUUUGGAGGCCAUGACACCACGGCCAGUGGGCUCUCCUGGGUCCUGUACAACCUGGCGAGGCACCCGGAAUACCAGGAGCGCUGCCGGCAGGAGGUGCGGGAGCUGCUGAGGGGCCGAGAGCCUGAGGAGAUUGAAUGGGACGACCUGGCCCAGCUGCCCUUCCUGACCAUGUGCAUCAAGGAGAGUCUGCGGCUGCAUCCCCCGGUCACGAUGAUCUCCCGCUGCUGCACCCAGGAUGUUGUGCUCCCAGAUGGCCGGGUCAUCCCUAAAGGGAACGACUGUACCAUCAGCAUCUUUGGGGUUCAUCACAACCCUUCAGUCUGGCCAGACCCUGAGGUCUAUGACCCCUUCCGCUUUGACCCAGAAAACCCUCAGAAGAAGUCACCUCUGGCUUUUAUUCCCUUCUCUGCCGGGCCCAGGAACUGCAUAGGACAGACUUUCGCCAUGAACGAGAUGAAGGUGGCGCUGGCGCUCACCCUGCUGCGCUUCCGCGUCCUGCCGGACCACAAGGAGCCGCGCCGGAAGCCGGAGCUGAUCCUGCGCGCAGAGGGCGGGCUGUGGCUGCGGGUGGAGCCGCUGAGCACCGAUGCACAUUGACUGGGCCUGGGACUGCCCCCCCCCACCCCCCUUCUCAGACGGUCCUGAAUAAGGGGAGCCUCACCCAGAGCCAGUAGGGGCGCUACAGGAGAGCAGAGAACCACUAGUGGCCUGGAUGAGAUGAGGUGGGGCUGGUUUCCUCCUGGGUCAUCCACAGGACCUGUAGGCUGAUGGGAGUCACACCCAAGCCCAAGCAUGGACUUAGUUUUUUGGAGAUAGGGAACCACAGAUGUUUACCUGCAGGUUUGAGGUUCUGUCACCUGAGCAUAUUCCACAGUUUUCUUUCGUUUUUGAGACAGGGUCUCACGACGUAGCUUGGAGCCCACUGCACAGACCAGCCUGGCCUCAAAUUUUCAGCAAACCGCUGGCCUCAUUAUCCGCAGUGCUGUAAUUGGAAGAGUGGGUCACUGUGCCUGGCCUGUUACAUCUUAAGAGAUAUUUGUAGAAAUGAAGGACAGUUUCUCAGGAGCCUGGGAGCCCUUGAAAAUGACGUUAAGUGAUGUUCAAGGCUUGUGAUGUCCAAGGCCACUAAGGCAACUUAAAUUUAAAGCGAAAUCACUAUAGCAGGCUCCCUGUGUGGUGGUGUUCUUCUGGGUUCCCACUUAUUCCUCUUGGGGCCGGAGAGGUGGCUCACUAGUCAGCCAGCCUUGCUCAAUCAGAGAGCUCCCGGUUCAGUGAGAGAUUCUGUCUCAAGAAAUAAGGUGGACAGUAAUGAACAAAGACACCUGACAUAAAACCCUGGCCUCCUCAUGGCCAUGUCUCUAUGUGCCCUAUGCACAAACUCUUUUUUCUAUCUCUUCCAGGAUUUGAUUUCUUCCAUUCUACCAGGAAGUCAUUAAAAACUGUUGGAGUUGGAGACUAGCUUGGGUUCUAGAAAGUUUGAGGCCAGCAUUAUGAGACCUUGUCGCAAAACUUAAAAACAAACAAAACCAGAGUUUUACAUCUCUUUCACUUGAGAAAUGACUUUAGAGAAAUAAUGCACAUCCCUUCCAUUUAAAUCUCUAGUGUUCUGUUUUUGUUUAUAGACUGUCUUUGUGGCUUGGGCAGGACUCUUGUUGAAGACCAGGCCUUGUAUGUGUUAUGCAAGUUUUCUACCACUGAGCUACACAUCUUGCUGAUUCUG